AUGGAAGAUAUAGAAAGUAAAAAUUCAGAUGACAGUCAAAGUGAAUUUUUGAAUAAAGAAGUGGAUGAUAAUGAAGAGAAAAAAAAUGUUAAUAAGAAGAAAAAGAAGCCUGGUAUUGUUUAUCUAUCACAAAUACCUAAAUAUAUGAAUUGUGCGAUUUUGAAAAAUCUUUUGUCUGUACAUGGAGAAAUUGGUCGGGUUUAUUUACAAUUAGCACCUAAAGAUGCACCGCGAAUAUUCACCGAAGGCUGGGUAGAGUUUGAAAGCAAAAGAGCUGCUAAAUUUGUGGCUAACAAUCUCAAUGGACAGGCGAUUGGUACAAGGAAGGGUAGGCGAUUUUAUGACAUUCUUUGGAAUAUUAAAUAUUUACCCAGAUUUAAAUGGAUACACCUGAGCGAACGUUUAGCGUAUGAAAAGGCUGUUCAUAAACAACGUUUGCGUACUGAAAUAUCUCAAGCUAAACGUGAAAGCACUUUCUUCUCAUACAAUCUGGAUCGCAGCAAGAAAUUAAAGCUCAAAGAGCAAAAAGGUGAAAUUAGUAACUUUGUGGUGCCUGAAAUAAAACAACGUGAAACAGAAAUGGAGAUAGUAGAGAAAAAGAAGAAGAAUAAGAAGCAAAAUAAUAUGGAAAAUGAUCGUAAAACAUUUCUUAAAUCAAUUUUCUAG